GCAAAUCCCUCUUCUUCUAAGGCUGCUGCAGUGAAACAGAAAGGGUUUGUUCAAUUAGGGUUUUUUUUUUGCGAAUCGCAGCUUCUUCGAGAAGAGAAGAGAUGAGCCGGAGCUUGGGGAUACCAGUGAAGCUUCUUCACGAGUCGUCGGGGCAUACAGUGACGGUGGAGCUGAAGAGCGGCGAGCUGUACAGAGGAAACCUGCUCGAGUGUGAGGAUAACUGGAACUGCCAGCUCGAGAACAUCACCUACACCGCCAAGGAUGGUAAGGUAUCACAGCUUGAGCAUGUCUUCAUCAGAGGCAGCAAAGUCAGGUUUAUAGUGAUACCAGACAUGCUGAAGAAUGCUCCAAUGUUCAGCCGAGCAAAUGCUAAAAUCAAGGGAAAGAGCUCAAUAGGUGUAGGCAGAGGUAGACCUGCAAUGCGAGGCAGAGGUCCUGGGCGUGGAACAGGAGGAAGGGGAGGCGCGCCACCUGUGAGGAGAUAGCUCUUCGGCUAUGAGACAAUUUGGCGCAGCGUAUCAAUGGUAACUCAGCUCAAAUCUAGGGAUUUAGGUAAAUCUCUAGAGACCUGACUUCUUGUAUCGAUGAAUUGAAUCAAAUCGACGCAAGGCUCUCGUAUUGAUGAAUUUAAUCGAAUCAACGCAAGGCUUAAGAGAAACUCUUGUAAUUAAAACUAUCAAAUCUGAUUAUCAAAAGUAAUAUUACAAAGACUUAUAUAAGUCAUGAGAGUCGGCAAAAUCUCCAACUCCUCUAGAAAAUAGGAAAACUUAAAAGAAAA